AUGAAUGUCAAUACUACUACCUAUAAUCCUGCUGUUGAUCCUAAUAACCCUUUUGGCUAUCUACCAAAUCGUGACCUAACCAUAGCUUCAACUGUUGUGUACGGUCUAGUAACAAUAUUGUUAACGAUAUUUUCACUUAAGCAUCGAACAUGGUAUUUUUUGGUAAUGACUAUUUCCGGCAUUGCAGAAGUGGUUGGCUAUGCAUAUAGAUGGUCACUAGCUAAGAACCCUGAUCAAAGAACACCUUAUAUCAUUAUGUAUUGCUGCAUUGUUUUGGCUCCGGUUGGUUUAGCAUUAGCCGAUUAUUUAUUGGUUGGUCGUCUUAUUCGAUUGGUUGGUCGACAAUAUUCAAUAGUGAAUCCAAAAUUUGUUGAAUUCGGAUUCAUAACCUCAGAUAUACUAUCAAUUGGAGUUCAAUCAGCAGGCGCAGGACUCAUAACAAGUGGCAGUCUAAGUAACAUACCACUCGGAAGUAAUGUGUUGAUUGGAGGAUUAGGUAUCAAUUUAGUUAGCUUUUGCUUUUUUGGUUUUGUUACACUUCACUUACAUUGGUCUAUUCAUCGGGGUAAAGCUGAUUUUACUGGACAGGAACGAUGGGUAAAAAUAUUCUAUGCAUUGUAUCUUAGUAUGAUUCUAUUGAUUAUUCGUUCUAUUUAUCGUAUCGUAGAAUUUUCUACGGGUUUUCGAGGUUAUCUUGCUAUACAUGAAGUGUACUUUUAUGUUUUUGAAUGUCUCCUGAUUGUAUUUGCAUUUGCUCUUUUUGUGCCCCUACAUCCUGGUAUUUGGAUGCCACGUGAAGAUACGGAAUCGCUUAUCAAGAAAUCACGCAAAAUAUAG